AUGUUGGUGUAUAUUGUGGUUAUGCAAAUACACCUUACACGCACCAAGUACCAUUCGACUGUAGCUCGGUACAACAAAUUUACUGUGGUCGCACUGACCUUGCACAAGCAGAUUAAAACCGGACCCGAUUUUCGUCAGAAAGCCGAAUUGGAGGGCUGUUUCCUCAGAGAUGUCAUGGACCGAUUGGGGAAUGCAGGUGCACUUGCCUCGCAGGAUUCAGACUCUCAGGACAUUCUGACCAUGCUGUACCACAUGACGUAUGUACACGGCAUGGUCGAAGUCGAGCUGUACUGGCCUGCUAACCAAGAUACACCCACACCCACCGUCAGCCUGGGCGCAGGGGACAAGAGUCUGUUAACAGACGCUCUUACCAAUGAACAUCGAGAACACGUCGAGGGGCUCGCGCGGUGGGUGUGGAACAAGCGGUUCCAGGCAGGUGAUCAGGGCCAUCUGAUUGGCUUAGCCAUACUUAAAGAGCUGGUUUCAUUGGCUACGGGCGCUUGUGAUGGCGUUGCACCAAGGUGUGUUCCGUAG